AUGUUAAUGUCUAGCCGAUUCUGCAGACAAGAGCCUGAUGCUGCAAAUAAGUCCAAGGUAAAAAAGCCUCCGGUACUCGUCGAGAUGGCGCUGUGCAAGGGGAGCAACGCCCCGCAGAUCUACAAUCGGAUAAACUCAAUGCUGGGGAAAAGGCCUUUUCACCGGCUGUUGCACCUGUCGGAGUUUCAAAGCAGCCUGGGCCUCGCCAUAGAAAAAAGCCAUGAUGCAAGUGACUUGCCGAACUUUAUUCCGUCUGUGUGCUUUGAAAGCCAGCCCUUGCAAGCGCUCUUCUUAUAUAAAAAUAUAGGGCCCGAAAUUGUCCAAACAAAGAUGGAGUUUGCCUUUUUGAAGAAAGAAGACGGGGUUUACGUGCACGCCUGGGUGCGCUACUUUCAGAGAACUGCGCGCUGCUACAUGCUGUCCAGAGAAAACACGCUCCAAGUUCUCGUCCUUCUGCAGGAGCCUGAAGUAUAUGCGCAUCUUAUGUGCCACACCUGCUUCGAAGCCGCGCUGCUUGCCCUGGAAGCAUACUACAUCAACAUGUACAAGAUGGCCGAGCUGCCAGCGCCUGUCCAAAGCGACUACUUUUUCAUUGCAGACUACAAACAGGCCAUAGACCAGCACGUGCGAAUCCAGGCACUAGCACAGGUGCCUAGUACGGAGCCAUCGAAAAGGGCGACCUUCCUGGCCUUUGAAAAAGGACUGAACGCACUAACUUUAGAGAAGUUUCCGAUCACAGAGGAAACUAAUCUAGACGAUUACGUUGAAGAGAUUAAAAGCUUUGAAAAAACGUGGGCCUGGGGCGCAUAUAACCACCAGAGGAACCAAAGAAGAAAACCUUCGUGCUGCCAGCCAUAA